AUGGCUAAAACUCGCCAUCAUAUGCGUUCAAUAACUGGAUCUACACAAAUUAAUACAUAUUCUCCAUAUGGUAACAAUAGAAAUGGUGAAUUUCCAUCAUCAAAUAGUGAUCCAUCAGCAGCUAAUGUUAAUGUAUCAUUUGGUAAAAAUGAAAAAAAAAAUUUAACUCCAUAUGAAAAACUUUUAUAUGAUUUACAAUAUGAUACACAUUUUAAAGUAGAAGAAAAAGCUGGUCGACUUAUUGGAUUUUAUCGUAUUUACAAAGACAUUGGUUUGGGUAAUUUUUCACGAGUUAAACUUGGUGUGCAUCUACUUGCUAAAGAAGAAGUAGCUAUUAAAAUUCUUGAUAAAACCAAAUUAGACAAUAAAACUCAACGUUUACUUUUACGUGAAAUAACUUCAAUGGAAAAUUUAUAUCAUCCAAAUAUAAUACGUUUAUAUGAAGUUAUUGAAACACCAAAUGCAAUUCAUAUUGUUACUGAAUAUGCACCCGGUGGUGAUCUUUAUACACACAUAACCUCGGAAGGAAAAAUUCCUGAAGAUAAAGCUAAACAUAUAUUUGCUCAGAUAACUGCUGCUGUUGAUCAUAUGCAUAGUAAAAAUAUUAUUCAUCGUGAUAUAAAAAGUGAAAAUGUCUUUUUUGUUAAAGAACAUCUUAUAAAAAUCGGUGAUUUUGGUUUUAGUACAUAUUCAGAAAAAAAUCAACCAUUAACAACAUUUUGUGGUAGUCCACCAUAUGCAGCUCCAGAAUUAUAUCGAGAUGAAAAUUAUAUUGGAAUUUAUGUUGAUAUAUGGGCUAUGGGUAUAACACUUUUUUUUAUGGUUACUGGUUUAAUGCCAUUUCGAGCUGAAAAUAUGGGAAAAUUAAAAAAAUCUAUUAUUGAUGGUCAUUAUUCUAUACCAGGAUCUGUUUCAUAUCAAUGUCAAGAACUUAUAAAUGGACUUCUCAAUCAUGAAAUAACUGAACGUUGGUCAAUUAAACAAAUUCGUUCAUGUUCAUGGCUUGCUCAUCAAAGUUUUCCUAAAGAAUUUAAUCCAUUUUCAAUGAAUAUAAAUAAUUAUUACACAUCUUCAAAUGUAACUAAAAUAUCUACAUCAAUACCAACAAAAUCUUCUAUUGAAUAUGAAACAUAUUUAAGAUUACAAAAAUUAGGUAUUACAUCUGAAUAUUUACAAGUAAUGAAUAAAAAUUCUGAUGAUAAAAAUUUUUCUAAUUUUGAUAUGAUUAAUGGAACAUAUAGAAUUCUAUUACAUCGUUUACAAAAACAAUCAAAUGUUCUUGAACGUGAUGAUAUGUAUGCAGAAAAAUUCAAUGAAGAUUUUCCUUCAUUACAAAAUCAUAUGAUGACUUCAUAUAGAAGAACCGGUGAACGAAAGAGUAAACAAAAUUUAAAUCAAUCUCAAACACACAAUGCCAAAGUAUGCAUUAUAUUAUAA